CCAGAACGAGAGUUGAAACGAAGAGAGCAUUGAUUCCUCCAUUUGGCAAUUUCUCUAGCUCAGAAUCACUCAGUUCUUUUAUUCACUGUUGAAAAACCCAGUUCUGCCUGCCAGCAGCGAUCUUUGCUUCAAUCAACUGUUCAAACUGAACUUUCAACGCUUCCCCUGCGACGAAAAAAGCUUGACCCAUUUCUCCCUGUUAUCCCCAGAAGUCUUCCUCUCGGUGGGUAGGAGGAGGAGAAGCAGGCACCGCAUUAACGGGAAGAGAAGAAUCGAAUCAAGCAAGCCCCACGACAUCUGAAGUUUCUUUUCAGCUGCUACAACUAAAAAGUUGAAAUCUUUCCGAAGAAAAGUUUUCCCCCUUUUCCCCGAAAGGGCCCAAGCAGAGAGAGAAGAUGAUAGCUUUCUUUUAUCAAGCCAGGCACGCCAAGUGCUCGUGAUAAAGACCCAGAGAGCCAGUUUGCGGGAAAUUGGUAAAAGAAAAGUUGAAGAAGAUUGAUUUUUGAGAGAGUUGUUCGUUGGGUAAAGGAUGACGGCUGCUGGAUCGUCCGGGAGACUGCCGACUUGGAAGGAACGAGAGAACAACAAGAGGAGGGAGAGGAGGAGAAGAGCUAUAGCUGCUAAGAUCUACACUGGUCUUCGUUCUCAGGGCAACUUCAGGCUUCCCAAGCAUUGCGACAACAACGAGGUUUUGAAAGCCCUUUGUGCUGAGGCUGGCUGGAUCGUUGAAGAAGAUGGCACCACUUACCGCAAGGGCACCAAGCCGCCUCCUUGUGAUGUAUCAGGCACUCCACCAAACUUCAGUGCAGGUUCCUCAAUGCAGCCUAGCCCACAGUCAUCCAAUUUCCAAAGUCCCAUCCCUUCCUACCACGCCAGUCCAACCUCAUCUUCAUUCCCGAGCCCUUCACGUUUUGAAGGAAACCCAUCUGCCUACCUUGUUCCACUACUCCGGAACAUAGCUUCCAUACCCACAAACUUGUCGCCGCCACUUCGAAUAUCCAACAGCGCUCCAGUAACCCCGCCUCUCUCCUCCCCCACCAGGAGUUCAAAGCCAAAGCCACCUGAUUGGGAGUCACUUGCAAACGGUUCGCUCAUGAAUUCCUUCAGGCAUCCCAUCUUUGCUGCCUCUGCACCUUCUAGUCCCACUCGACGCCACUACCUUGCACCCGUGGCUAUCCCUGAGUGUGAUGAGUCUGAUGUCUCCCCAGUGGAUUCUGGCCGUUGGUUGUGUUUCCAAGGAGUUCCUAGUUCCUCUCAUGUCGCUCCUCCUUCACCGACUUUUCACCUCAUUAAACCGGUUGCAACAGCUAAGGAGAGGAAUAAUGGAGCUGAUAAUGGUCUUAAUUGGGGGAAUGUAACAGCCGAAAGAGGGAAGGGAGGGUCGGAGUUUGAGUUUGGGAAUGGAAAGGUGAAGCCUUGGGAAGGCGAGCGGAUCCAUGAAAUGGGCGUGGAGGAUCUCGAGCUCACGUUGGCAAGUGGGAAAUCGAGAAGCUAG